CGAUGGUAUUCCACCUCUAGCACUCUGGACAGCCCGCGCUUCACUUUGACGAAAUUUUGACCCAGAAAUUGAGAAUUUAAAAAAAAGAGACUCGAUAUAUAGUUGUCGACUUGUACAUUGGGGCCAAAAUGGAUGCAUUGACGAAUUCGGUGGAGGAAGAGGAGAAUGGCCCACUAAAUGUCACGAAAUUGAUUGGCGGCAGUAUAACUGCCAAGGACAUAAAGCUACUGCAGCAGGCAAGCCUUCACACGGUGGAUGCUGUGGCCAACGCGACGCGCAAGCACCUACUGGCCAUUCCCGGCCUCGGUGGGUCCAAGGUGGAUCAAAUCAUUUCCGAAGCCUCAAAAAUGGUGCCGCUUGGCUUUCUCAGUGCCCGUACCUUCCAUCAGAUGCGCGCAGAUGUCGUUAUGCUGACGACUGGCUCCAAGGAGUUGGACAAGCUGCUUGGCGGCGGCAUCGAGACGGGUUCUAUUACUGAGAUCUUUGGGGAGUUCCGCUGUGGCAAGACGCAGAUCUGCCACACCCUGGCAGUCACCUGCCAGCUGCCCAUCAGCCAGAAGGGAGGCGAGGGCAAAUGCCUGUACAUAGACACGGAGAGCACCUUCCGCACGGAACGUCUCUCGGCCAUUGCCCAAAGGUUCAAACUGAAUGAAUCCGAGGUUUUGGACAACGUUUCCUGUGCCCGGGCCUACAACAGCGAUCAGCAAACCAAACUGUUACAAAUGGCUGCGGGCAUGCUGUUUGAAACCAGAUAUGCCGCUGUUAUUGUCGAUAGCGUCAUGGCCCUCUACCGUUCGGACUACAUAGGACGGGGCGAGCUGGCCGCCCGGCAGAACCAUUUGGGAUUGUGCAUGCGGCAGCUUCAGCGCUUGGCGGACGAGUUCGGGGUGGCUGUGGUCAUCACCAACCAGGUGACAGCCCAGCUGGACGGCGGUGGUGGCAUGUUUGUCGCUGACGCCAAGAAGCCGGUGGGAGGGCAUAUUCUGGCGCAUGCCUCCACCACUCGACUCUAUCUGCGAAAGGGCAAGGGGGAGACGCGCAUCUGCAAGAUCUACGAUUCCCCCUGUCUGCCCGAGUCGGAGGCGAUGUUUGCGAUUCUGCCAGACGGCAUAGGCGAUGCCAAGGAGGGGCACUGAUUAUUAUACUAUUAGCUUAUUAAGAUCUACUAUACUAUGUACAUGUGCUGCAAGCAGGUGGCCACUUUCAAGGAACGAUUGAUUGAUUAAUGAAUUUAAAUAAGGCAUUGCUCAAUUUAUUUUAAUUGUUUAAUUAUGAAAUCAAAAAUGAAAUAUUUUGUUUAUCAAUGAUCA